CUCGCUUACCACCCUAUCCUCUUCUCCCUGCUCCUGUUUUCACAGAUUGAUCAUCGCCACUGAAUCUAUGGCCUGUGCAUUCCAGAAUCCGCAAUCAUUCAUCACCAGGAUCAAAUUUCUUUUCAUUUUCCCUUCUCUAUCAAUUGCAUUCUCAGUUUCUACAUCGACAUUUCCUGUAUGAACCAUAUAUUUUAAAAGUUUAACGAAGAGACCGUCCACCUUUUUCUGUAUAUUUGCAAACGCAAAGAGAGAAGAUUAGCGCACAAGUAGAGCGUGGUGAGCGAGGAUGUCGUGGGUAAGAUCGGCGGUGAAUAAAGCGGUGGAAGUGGGGGGUCAAAGCAACCUCUCUCGCACCGUCCGCAACUACGCCGAUUCCGUCGUCCUCCACGCUAGCAAUGCCGUUGCUGGUGGAGCCAAAAUCAUCCAAGAGCGAAUUGGCAAUCGGAAUAUGCAAAGCUUUAAGCUUACUGUAAAACGACUAGAAGAAGUUUCGGUUUCAUGUCGGGGGACAGAGAGGGUUCAAUUACUAAGAAGGUGGCUGGUUGCACUUAAAGAAAUUGAGAGACUUGCCGGCUUCUCUGAGCUCAAUGCAAAAGAGCCAGAAGACCCUCUUUUUACUGAAGAAUCCAAGGAUUCACCUAGGAAACCGACUCCGGUUUAUUAUGCUGACCCUGGCAUGACAGGUGAACCCAGGAAUUUUCGCGAUGUCUUUCUUUCUAGUCAAGCUCUUGAAGGCAUAACAUUGUCAAUGAUUCUUGAAGCACCAAAUGAAGAAGAAGUUUCAUUACUUUCAGAGAUAUACGGGCUUUGUCUUACCGGCGGAAAGGAAGAGGCUACUGCAGUGUUAUCUAGUGUAAUGGAUCUGGCAAAAGUUUUUUCCGGAUAUGAAGAUGAAGUACUGGCAAAGCGAGAAGAAUUGCUUCAAAAUGUCCAAGGCGCACUUGCAGGGCUGAAAAUAAAUGCUGAUCUCUUGAGAAUAGAUGAUGAAGCUGGCUGUUUAAAGGAACAAAUUGAGAAAAUGAAGGGGGAAAAAACAGAUGAAGAUUCUAUAAAAUCACCCAAAGAAACACCAAUUAUAGCAAUAGAGGCUCUUGAUGAAGCUGCUUUACAGAUCCAAACAUGUUGUAAGUUGGAGGAACUCUUGCUGAAGAAGAAAUAUAUUAGCUAUGGUGAUUCUCCAGAAUUUCAUGCUGAAAAGGUAGAUAAACUGAAAGUCUUAUCAGAGUCUCUUUCCAAUUCUACCUCAAAAGCUAGAAAUCGCAUCUCAGAAAACAGAUCUCAAAAAGAAGAAGCACUUAGUUUUCGGGUAACUAAGUCCCAUGAAGUUAACCAAGUUGAGAAGGAUUUGGGGGAGGAGAUUGGAGAACUUGAGAAGCAGAAAGAUGAACUUGAAGCCAAUCUGAAGAAGGUCAAUGCUUCAUUGGCAUCUGCUCGUAUGCGCCUCCAAAAUGCAAAAGAAGAGAAAGAGCAGUUUGAGGAGGCAAGCAAUGAAAUUCUUGCACAUUUGUCAAUGAAGGAAGAUGAGCUUCUGCGAGCCAUAGCUUCAUAUACAAACGAAGCUAGUGUUGUCAAUACAUGGAUCAACUUUUUGCGAAGUGCCUGGCUUCUCCAAACAGCACAUACAGAGAAAAAGAAGGAGCAGGUCAAUGCUGACCUGGAGCAAUAUGGGGAUUAUUUUGUGAAUUUGGUUCUUCAGCUUCUGUCUUCUUACAAGGAAAAAUUGGGCCCAUCUGUUACCCAAGUAAGAAAACUUGUGGAGAACUUGAGUUCAAGUCAAGGGUCAGAAAUAUCAGCAGCUGGAGAUAAUGAUGUCUCUAAAAUAAUGGAUUCAAGGAAAAGGCUUGAAGAAGAGUAUUUGGAUGCUGAAAACAAGUGUAAAAUUAUACUGAGUUUAGCGGAUGCCAUAAAAAAUCAGUUUCACAUUCAAAACGAAGGGAUUUUCAGAAAAGACCAUGACAAGGUCAAAGAGCUAUUAGAAGCCAUUGAGAAAAUAAAAGACGAAUUUGAAUCCAUUGAGAGGCCAAAGCUGGAAGUUGAGACUCCAACCCAAAGGUCCGAAACACCAUCAAGUCAAACAUCCUUUAAAAGUGCUUCCCCUAAAACUCCAUCUUUAUCUAAUGGACUCAGACCAAAUGCAUUGCUCAACUCACUCUCAUUUGGUGGACGAAUAUCAGAAUCGUCAGAAAUACAAGCACAACUUGAUAAAAUUUGUGACGAUGAUUCAGCAGACGAGAUAAGUGAAUGGGAGUUUGAUGCUCAUGACAGAAUUGACCAUACGACGAGAAAAUAGACCAAAAAUUACACAUGAUGUUUUAAAAAAAAAAAUGUAAAAAACAACACUCUGCUUUUACCACGAGAAGGCUUUCUCAGACACCGGACAUCAUAUUAUAUUAUGUCCACCUACGUUGUUCUGAGAUGCGCAUGUUACCAAUUUUGUUGGGGCGCUGAAUUGUAUUUGUAGUAUUGUCACUGAAAAAUUGUAGAUAUUUAACAAGUAAUUACCCUGAGCAACCCCAUGUUUAUGUAUAAUCAUUCAGAGAGAAAAAUCUUUUCCCCCCUUUUUGCCAGUGAGAAAAUUCACGUUUUUCUAAAU